CGAGGCUGGCUCCGUCAGGCGGGGCGGAGGGGACACGGAGGGAGGAGGAGCCCGAGCAGCCGAGGCGCAGCAGCAGCUCUGCCACUGCGGGAGGCGCCAUCCAUGCCGCGCGGAGGAGAGAGCAGCGGGUCCCCUGGCGGGCGCGGCGGAACUUCCCUCACCGCCCUCUUGCUGACAGCUUUUUUGUUGCACUCUGCUGAUGGCAUAAAUGGAACAGUUAAACGGAAGACUAAGCAAGUCAUCAGUUAUGUUAGCAGCAGCAUAAAGGCUGCUGAGAAGAAUGUGUUCACAAUCCUUUCAAAGGUUCAGUCUGAUCGGAAUGUAUAUCCUUCUGCUGGCGUUCUCUUUGUUCAUGUUUUGGAGAGGGAGUAUUUUAAAGGGGAAUUUCCUCCUUAUCCAAAGCCUGGCGAGCUAAACAACGAUCCUAUAACAUUUAACACAAACCUCAUGGGUUACCCUGAUAGACCUGGUUGGUUACGAUAUAUUCAAAGAACACCAUAUAGUGAUGGAGUUUUAUAUGGAUCACCGACUAUAGAAAGUGUGGGCAAACCAACCAUAAUUGAGAUCACUGCAUACAACAGGCGUACCUUUGAGACUGCAAGACAUAAUUUGGUUAUUAAUAUAAUGUCAGCAGAAGAUUUUCCUUUACCAUAUAAAGCAGAAUUCUUCAUUAAAAACAUGAAUGUAGAGGAAAUGCUGGCAAGUGAGGUCCUUGGAGACUUCCUUGGAGCUGUGAAAAAUGUUUGGCAACCAGAGCGCCUGAACGCCAUAAACAUAACUUCGGCAUUGGAUAGGGGAGGCAGAGUCCCACUUCCUAUUAAUAAUAUGAAAGAAGGGGUCUAUGUUAUGGUUGGUGCAGAUGUUACUUUUUCUUCCUGCUUACGAGAAUUUGAAAAUCCACAAAAUCAGCUAAGAUGUAGUCAAGAAAUGGAGCCUGUCAUAACCUGUGAUAAAAAGUUUCGGAGUCAGUUCCAAAUAGACUGGUGUAAAAUCUAUUUGGUUGAUAAAAUACAGCAUGUUUUUACUUCUCAAGACGUGGUCCAUAGAGAAGGCAUAUUACCAGAUAUUGGCGAGUACAAGCCCCCCUCUGAAAGUCUGAAAAGCCGGGAUUAUUAUUCUGAUUUCCUCAUUACAUUGGCAAUACCGUCUGCGAUAGCAUUGGUGCUUUUUCUAAUACUUGCAUAUAUUAUGUGCUGCCGAAGGGAAGGAGUGGAAAAGAGAAACAUGCAAACACCAGACAUCCAGCUGGUGCACCACAGUGCAAUUCAGAAAUCCACAAAAGAACUUCGGGAAAUGUCUAAACACAGAGAGAUAGCAUGGCCUCUCUCGACGCUUCCGGUGUUUCACCCGAUUACUGGGGAGAUUGUGCCGCCUGUUCACCCAGACAGCUAUGACAAUACUAGCAUGCCACUGAUGCAGACACAGCAAAACCUGCCACAUCAGACUCAGAUUCCACAGCAGAAAACAGAAGGAGAAUUUCGAAUGACAACAUUCCAAAGAUUGGAGGUAAAUGGCAUUCCUGAGGAAAGAAAACUUACAGAAGCAAUCAAUUUGUAAUUAAAUGAAACAGCCAAGAUCAUAUUUUAUUUCCUUAUCUGCUCCGAUGAUGCAUGAAUUUUUCUGAUAAAAGUUCGCAUGCAUGCAGUAUUAAAUAUUCCAGUGUCUGAUGGUAUAAAUUCCAUAUUAUUAAAUCUGUAUUAUUUUGUACUCAACAUUUACAACAAAUUUGUAAAAUCUUAACUUUUAUAUUUGUGAUAUUAAAAUAUUUAAAAUAAACCAUUCGUUCUUAGAUUUUAUAGUACCUUGUACAAAGGUGAUAAAUGCUAACUCCAAAAUAAUAGCUGAAUAAUCCUUAGAACAUACAUUCCUGCAAUAGACACAUUCAUCUUUAUACUAAUGCUUUCAGGACUCCUCUAACAAUACUGCCCUCCAGCACUGCACUGGCAACCAAAUGAACCAAAUGAAUGAGGCCCAUUGAUGUCUUAUGUCAGUUAAGAAAGAAACUCCUACACAUGCCUUCUUUUCCCUAACAUCAACAGUGCAAUACUUAAUGAGCUUGUAGAAAUUUGGGGUUUUUUAAUUUGCAUAUAAUGUUGAUUCAUUUAAUUACCCAUGGCUUUUUUAAUCCCUCUUCAAAGAUUACAUUUUUAUUUUUGAAAAGCCCUUGGUCUGUCAACAUUUACAUUUUAUUGUGCAAAACCUCAAAUGAGAAUAAUUUUGAUCACUGAUGUCUAUGUAUUCCUGUUCAUUUUUAAAACAUAAGAAACUUUUUGUGACAUGAGUUUUUAUAAGCAAUUUAUUGUUCAGAUGCAGUUGUUAAAUUAACUGUUAAAAUCUUUCCUAUUGGCUAAGCUACAACUCAGUUUCGGUAGAGGAUAGUAACUGGAAUAAACAGCCAACAGCCAGAAUUUGUUCAACUGAAGUAAGCAAUUUGAGGAUCUGCAGAUAUAUUGCAAUUCUAAAUACAUGAAGGCAAACGUGAGUUAUUUGUGAAAAUGGAUUUUUAUGGCAGUCAGGAAGAGAGAUAUCAAGAUCCAGUACUAAUUUCUGCAUAACCCAUUUUUAGUAUUCUCUGAUGAUAAGAAUACAUAUAACUUCAAGCAUUACAGAACUUUUUAAAAAAAGGAAACUUCUGUUUAAAUAAUGCUCUUUUCAGUACAAAAACAAAGCACCCACAGCACAUUUAUUUAAAUUACUUCAUAUUUUUUCACACAAGUUUAAAAGAAAAUAUAGACUUUAUCCAACAUACAGUAAUAAUAGCAAACAAGUGCAAUAUUUCAACCAUAAAAAACAAUCCUUAACCAAAUCUGUACAACAGAUAAAUAAAAUAUCUACAAUACUUGAUUUAUAAACAUAACAAAAAAGCCCACGCUUCACAAAAGUUUUCUUGCCCGGUAAUGUUAUGAAUGUCAUUUGUACAUGUGGCCCAUGACUUUCCAACCAUAACUAUAGUGCUCAGCUAAACUGAAAUGAAAUAUACAAAUCAAAUGCUUCUAUUAGUGGCAAAGGGCAACUUUUGACACCAGUGAAAAUGAACAGGCAAAUGACAAAACAGAAUUUACACAUUGCCGUUCGUUAAUGUAAUAGAACAAGGUUCAACUCAAGCAUCAAAUGAAAGCAAAUAUCUAUUAUUCUUCAGUGGAAUUUCCCCUGCAUGAUUAUCAUUGUCCUGGCAUGACAAUCCCAAAGUUCUAACUUAGGGAUACACAAUAAAAAGACUUCCUAUAAAUUGAAAGGCAUUAAUACAUAUAUGCGUAGAAAGCAAGACUGUCGAUUCAUUCUUCAAGUGCUCAAACAGUUUGAAACAUAAGCAUUACAAGAAAAAGCCUCUUAAGGCCAAGACUGACAGGAGCCUGUACACAAGGUUAGGGAACUUUUAGGCAUUCAGAUAUUUAGGACUACAAAUCCCAUUGAGUUCUGGCCCUUAUCAUUUACCAUGCUAGAUAGUGCUUGUCAGAAUUGGAAACCUAGAGGGCCAAAGGUUCCCAACAUCUGUCCUAGAGCCAAAUAAUUCUCUUUUUAAAGAAAACUUUUCCUACAAAUAAAACUGCACUUGUUCUCAAGCUGUAUUAUGAAAUUAGUACUGCUGAAAAAAUAGUCUGAUGGUUCUUCGGUGCCAACUUUUAUAAAGAAAAAUGCACAAAAUGUGCACAUCCAUAUACUGUUUGGAAUUGAGAUCCAUAGAUUUCAAUAUAGGACACUGUAUAGUUUCAACUCUAAAUACAACGUACCAUGUGAAGAAAUUAAAUGACACUCUCUAGUCUGAGCUGCUAAGUAUUUUUCACACCCACACAGCGUGGUUAGGGAAGAAUGGACUGUGAAUGGAAAUGAAAAUAAUCCUAAAUGUCUAUACAGAAUUUAAAAAUCACUUUAAAAAAAGAAAAAGCUCAAUCAAGAAUGAAAA